AUGGCAAGUAACACCACAAUUUCCAGCGAUAUUCUAGUGAUGGAAGGCUUUAACAUAUCUCCAGUCUUUAAAUAUCCUCUGUUUUUCUUGUUGCUGUUUGUGUAUUUUUCUUUGCUUUUUUCCAACAUUGGCGUUCUCCUUCUCAUCAUCACUGAGAAGACUUUACACCAGCCUAUGUAUAUUCUCUUCUGCAACCUGUCUGUUAACGAUAUCAUCGGAAACACGGUCCUUCUGCCUCGGAUGAUGGCGCACAUGGUCUCUGCAGAACGCUUCAUCACCUACAGCCAAUGUGUGGCCCAGGCCUUUCACAGCCACACGUUCGGAUCAGCCGCACAUAUGAUUCUGGUCAUUAUGGCGAUUGAUCGAUACGUGGCCAUAUGUCACCCCAUGAGGUAUAGUUCAGUCAUGACAACCAGAGCGGUGAUCGGGCUGUCGGCGACUGCAUGGGGGGUGUCACUAGUGCUGGUGUCCAUUUUGAUCGGCCUUACUGUCAGACUGUCCCGCUGUAGAUCUGUGAUUAAAAAUGCUUACUGUGAUAAUGCAUCUCUGUUUAAACUUUCCUGUGAGGAUGUGUCGAUUAAUGAUAUCUACGGACUCUUUUUCACCGUGCUGCUGUUUAGCUGCUCGAUGGGAGGCAUAGCUGUGACCUAUUUCAGAAUAGCCCUCGUGUGUUGGAUUAAGAAAAACAAAGAGUUGAACAACAAAGCACUGCAAACCUGCGCGAGCCACCUUGUUCUUUACCUUAUUAUGCUUUGGUCUGGGUUUUUAACCAUCAUACUGCACCGCUUCCCAAAUUACCCAGAUUUAAGGAAAAUUGCAUAUGUUUUAUUUCAUGUUAUUCCCGCAAAUUUAAAUCCAAUCAUUUAUGGGAUGCAAACGAGAUUAUUACGGGAAAGAAUUAUCCAUAUGCUGAAAAGAAAAGUGACCCCAACCUAA